UGUUUGGGCAGCCCUGGCACGAGGACCUCGUUUGUUUUGGCAGCGAAGUGUACCCAUGAACGUUUGUGUUGUUACUUUUCAUAAGAUUUCAGCCGUUUAACAGAACAUUUCCGAAUCAGCCAAGAUGUCGUCGCCUCUAUCAAAGCCUCAGAUUAUUGCGCACAUUCAGAAGAGUUUGAACUACACCGUUUUUGACAGUAAAUGGAUUCCGUGCAGUGCGAAGUUUGUCAGCCUCGGGAACUUUGCAAGAGGAACCGGAGUAAUGCAAAUAUAUGAAGUGCAGCACGGAGAGGCUCAACUUAUCAAGGAGGUAGAGAAACCUAAGCCCAUCAAGUGCGGGACAUUUGGGGCCACCUCUCUUCAACAAAGACACAUAGCAACCGGGGAUUUUGACGGAAAUCUCAAUAUAUGGAAUCUAGAAAUACCUGAAGUGCCAGUGUACAGUGUAAAGGCCCACAAAGAAAUAGUGAAUAGUAUUGAUGGUGUUGGUGGCCUGGGGAUUGGUGAUGGAGCACCUGAGAUAGUCACAGGAAGCAGAGAUGGGACAGUAAAGGUUUGGGAUCCCAGACAGAGGGAUUCACCUGUAGCCAACAUGGAGCCCAUGGAAGGAGAAACCAAGAGGGACUGCUGGACUGUUGCAUUUGGUCAUGCCUUCAAUGAUCAGGACCGCUGUGUAUGUGCUGGCUAUGACAAUGGGGACAUCAAACUCUUUGACCUGCGGAAUAUGUCUGUGCGGUGGGAAACCAACAUUAAAAAUGGGGUAUGCUGCGUGGAGUUUGACAGGAAAGACAUCAACAUGAACAAGCUGGUGGCCACCUCACUGGAGGGAAAAUUCCAUGUCUUUGACAUGAGAACCCAGCACCCCACCAAGGGCUUUGCCUCUGUUUCCGAAAAGGCUCAUAAGUCAACCAUCUGGCAAGUGAGGCAUUUGCCUCAAAACCGAGACAUCUUUAUGACUGCAGGGGGAGCAGGCAACCUGCAUCUGUGGAAAUAUGAGUAUCCUGCUCAGAGGAGCAAGAAGGACUCAGACAACGUGGAUGUGGGCGUAGCCGGCACCGUUAACCUCUUACAAAACGCCACUCUGUCCACUCAGCCAAUUGCCAGCCUGGACUGGAGUCCUGACAAGCAGGGCCUGUGUGUGUGUUCAGGCUUUGACCAGUGUGUCCGCGUGCUCAUUGUCACCAAGCUCAACGUGGUGUGAAAAAGUAGACUACAACAAAGACUGAUGGUCUGUGCAGUACAAUACAAAACAAGGUGCAAGCAGAGAAGUACCAAUACUCACUGUCACUGCCUUUCUGUGAGGCUGAAUUGUACCUCCGGUCAUCUUUGGAUUGAUCUUUUAUUCAAAGACAGCAAUUUCCUACUGCAGGUUUUGGCGGCUGUCCAUAUAGAUUUCAUAGAAGUGAUACUCAUCUUGCCAGAGAAGCAUUUAAGUCAAAUGAACUGGGAUAUCUUGUGUGUGGGUUGUGUAAUUUCAUCUCUGUUAAAUGCUAUCGCUUGGCUGAGCCUUGGAGGCAGUGUUAUCCUCUAGUGCAGAGAAAUACCCCUGUAACACAAUGAUACACUUCCCAUAUCAAAAAGCCUCUUGUUAGGAUGGAUAAAUGAGUCAUACAGCCUCUGGCUCGGAAUAACACUUUGGAGAUCAAGAUUUAAUUUCUUUAUUUGUUUCCAUUUUUGUAGGAUGCUCUCUGAAAAACCAGUCUUUUGUUGCACUGUUGGUGAAUGUUGUACUCCAAUUUUGUCUAUUGUUAAAGUUGCUACUUUUGAUAUGACAUUUUAAUGAGAACUCUGUGUUUUCAAAUUAAAUGUGCUUUUGGAGAAAAAAAGAACA